GGCAGCUGUUGGUGCGUGGGCGCGGCCGGCGACCCAGCAUGGCCGAUGACGGCGAGAUGUUCACGCCGCCCGCGCAGCGCGUGCAGUUCAUCUUGGGGGAGGACGUGGACGACGGCACGCACGAGCCGCACCCGCUCUUCUCGGAGAUGGGGGAGCUCGUGCAUGACGGCGACGAGAUGGAGUGGAAGGAGACCGCCAGGUGGAUCAAGUUCGAAGAAGACGUGGAAGAAGGCGGCAACCGCUGGUCCAAGCCGCACGUGGCGACGCUCUCCCUGCACUCGCUGUUCGAGCUGCGCAGCCUCCUGCUCAACGGCACCGUCAUGCUGGACAUGGAGGCGUCGUCGCUGGAGCAGGUGGUGGACCUGGUGCUGGACAACAUGAUCAACGCGGGAUCGCUGCCCUUCGACUCCCGCGACAAGGUGCGGGAAGCACUGUUGCGCCGGCACAGGCAUCAACAUGAAAGGCGCAAGGAGAGCAGUAAUAAUAUGUCUCGCUUGCCAAUUAUUCGGUCACUUGCUGAAAUUGGCCGCAAUCAUUCCUCUUCCAAAAGCUGCAGAGGGGACCUGCUGAAAGUGUUGAUUGUUGUGUCAGAUUUUCCUCAGGAUGGGCAGAAGUCCCCACAACAAGUAUGUCGCAGUUCAAGUUGUCCUACAUCUGAGACUGCCCUGCUUGUGGUCCAAGACCAUAAGGGUCCGUACCUAGCAGUGCCAGGAACUACAAGUUCGAGUUCCCCAUCGCAGACAGGAAUGGUGCAGAGCCAGAGCUCAGUUUCCAUCAAGUCCAUCAAUCGCAAUCAAAGUUCAUCUGCCUUGGGCGAUAUGAAUGGGGAUGGAUCACAGCACAAGGGAAAUGUACAUUUUAUGCGUAAGAUUCCUGCGGGAGCAGAAGCUUCAAACAUUUUGGUUGGAGAAGUGGACUUCCUUGACAAAACCUUGUCAGCAUUUAUACGCUUGAGUCAAGCUAAUUUCUUGGGAGAUUUAACUGAGGUUCCUGUUCCCACCCGCUUCCUGUUCAUAUUAUUGGGGCCCACUGGAGGUUUAGCAGGGUUCCAUGAAAUCGGUCGUGCCAUGGCAACCCUCAUGUCUGAUGAAGUGUUCCAUGACGUAGCUUACAAAGCCCGAAAUAGAAAUCACUUAUUGGCUGCAGUUGAUGAAUUUCUGGAUGCUGUAACAGUGUUACCUCCAGGAGAAUGGGAUCCAACAAUUAGGAUAGAGCCUCCAGCUGCUAUCCCUUCACAGGAUCAACGUAAGCGACCUCCUGAAAAGAAAGAAGAGCCUGAUGAAGAAGAAGAUGAACAGAAAGAGAGGGAAGCAUCAGGUCUUGUUCGUACUGGUCAUCUCUUUGGAGGACUGAUAAAUGAUGUCAAAAGAAAAGUUCCUUGGUAUUGGACAGAUAUUAAAGAUGCGUUGGCAUUACAAUGUAUUGCAUCGUGGAUAUUCUUGUAUUUUGCUUGUCUAUCACCUAUUAUCACUUUUGGAGGCCUUCUAGGCCAAGCAACAAAUAAUAACAUGGCAGCAAUGGAAUCUUUGGUAUCUGGAUUUGUCUGUGGUAUUGGCUAUGGAUUUUUCUCAGGACAGCCACUGACAAUUUUAGGCUCUACAGGACCAGUAUUGGUGUUUGAAAGUAUAAUGUUUGAAUUUUGCAAAAAACAAGAAUGGGAUUACAUGACCUUUCGCUUCUGGAUCGGAAUGUGGAUUGGACUAAUACUUCUAGCAUUAGUGGCCUUCGAUGCCAGUGCAUUUGUUUGUUACAUAACACGUUUUACUGAAGAGAAUUUUGCUACAUUGAUUGCGUUUAUUUUCAUUUACAAGGCCAUUGAAAAUGUCCUUCAUAUUGGCAAGGAAUUUCCUGUCAAUACUCAUGGUAUUGCAAAUAUCAGUUAUGAAUGUUAUUGUUCACCUCCAAAUGGUACUCUCAAUACAGCAAAUUGGAGUACAUUGAAUGAAACAAGUUGUAUUGCAUUGAAUGGAACAAUGACCGGUGAUGGUUGUAAUACUCCCCACUAUGUGCCUGAUGUUUUUAUGAUGUCCAUUAUCCUUUUUAUGGGAACAUUCUUGUUGUCUGUGCAAAUGAAGGAUUUCAAAAAUGCACUAUUUUUUCCAUCAUUUGUACGUCAACUUAUUAGUGAUUUUGCUGUGAUUUUAGCUAUAUUUUUGAUGUCAGGAUUGGACUAUUUUGUAGGAAUUGACACACCGAAAUUGGAGGUACCAUCAGAAUUUAAGCCAACCCUCAAAGAGCGGGGAUGGUUUAUUCCUCCCUUUACCGAGAGGCUGGCUUGGUGGGCUCCAAUUUUUGCAGUGUUGCCUGCUUUACUUGGUACUAUUUUAAUCUUCAUGGAUCAACAGAUUACAGCUGUUAUAGUCAAUAGAAAGGAAAAUAAAUUGAAGAAAGGCUGUGGCUAUCAUUUAGACCUGUUCAUUUUAUCCAUACUCAUUGUCAUUUGUUCUAUAAUGGGAUUGCCAUGGUUUGUUGCUGCCACUGUUCUUUCUAUUAACCAUGUCAAUUCUCUCAAAUUGGAAUCUGAAUGUGCUGCUCCAGGAGAGAAACCUCAGUUUUUAGGAGUUCGGGAACAGCGUGUGACUCAUAUUUUAAUAUUUCUCAUGAUUGGUAUGUCAGUUUUCUUGACUCCACUAUUGAAGUGCAUUCCAAUGCCUGUCUUAUUUGGUGUAUUCUUGUACAUGGGAGCUGCUUCUCUGAAAGGAUUACAGUUCUUUGACCGAAUUUUGAUUAUGUUCAUGCCUGUGAAGUACCAGCCAGACUACAUGUUUUUGAGACAGGUUCCAUUGAAACGUGUACAUUUAUUCACUGUAAUUCAACUGGCCUGCCUCAUUGUGCUCUGGGUUAUAAAAUCAUUCAGCAUGACUUCAAUUUUGUUCCCUCUCAUGCUUGUGGUCAUGAUUGGAAUACGGAAACUUCUGGAUUUUGUCUUCACCCAGAGAGAGCUGAAGAUACUGGAUGAUGUCAUGCCUGAAAUCACGAAGAGGAAGAUUGAAGAAAGAAAACUAGAGGGUGGGGAAGAUGGGAAGCCUUUGGAAUUUGCUCCUUCUGGAAAUCUGCAGAUUCCUUUAGCAAAUGGUAACAUUAUGAAGAUUCCUCUGGCAUCAAUUAAUAUAUCUGAAGAAGUCAACAAAACUGGUAUUUGGAAACAAGUCAAUGAAUGCAAUGCAACUGAGAAGGAGAAGGAAGAUAAGAAGAAGAAGAGUCCCAACAAAAGCAGUACAAAAUCGAAAAAGAGAGGAAAUAAGAAAGAUGCAAUAACUGAUGAAGAGAGGAAGAGAUUGUCAACAAUGCCAGAAGAGGAAGAAGAUGAAGGUGUCACAAUCAAGGUGGGGAAAGGCACUUCUGAUUCAAAAAUUGACUCUAGCCAAACUAUUGAAUGUUCAAGUGAGAAAAGAAAAGUGAAUGGUGUGAAUGCAGCUGAAACAUCUGUCUAAGACAUUGUGUGUAGUAUGUAUGUAAUUUAAAUCCAUUUAAAUCAUGUGUUGUUCAUGUUCAUUGUAAGUGUACCAAAGUGGAUGCUGAAAUCAAUGUUACUAAUCAACACAUCUGGAAACGUUCACCAUCAUUUGGUGUUGUUUUGUUGUCUACUUAUUUCAUGCAAGUGUGUGAUGUCACUGUGCAUACAUGCACAUAGAACAGGUAUGUAUAAUUUUAGAUUGGGCAGCAAGUAAUACAUCUUAAGUAAGAUAAUUUUUUUUCGUAGAGCUUAUCUGUUAUGUGGAAACUGUAUGCAUCUGCUAUAAAUGUUGUCAACAUGAAUUGUUCCAAUGGUCUUAAGUGCCAUGAACCUCUUAAUAUAUGUGAAUUCAUGUUUCGCUAGUGAGCACACAAAACUAAAUGUUUCCUCUGUAUCACCUUAAGUGUAUUUAAACAUGUGUAAAUUACACUCGUAUAUCACAUGCAGACAUAACUUCCCUGAAAAUUUUAUUUUAUGUGUGGUUAAGAACUAAAUGACAGAGAGAACAUUGGAAAUUCUUUUUUGAUCUUGAAUGCCAUGCUCACUAGCAUUGGCGGCUUUUAGCAGAUAUGCUGCAAAUCCGAGGAUGGGAAGUUCCUUAUUUUACCUAAUAUGAAAAAUAAUUUUAUAAUGAAGUUUGUCUCUUUUAUUAUUCAUGUGAAUUAGUAAUUUUAUUGGUCCAAUUUAGAUGCCCAGCCAUUAUUCAUGUUACUUGUGUUUGUUUAAUCAUUCACUCAUGUAUUCAUCAAGCCAUUCAUUAAUUCAUUUUGUCAAUCAACCUGAUAUUAAAUACCAUACAUAUUGAGGCAUUGAUUCUGUGCACAUACUUUUUAUAAUUUAUGAAGAGAGAACUGUAAACAGUAAAGAUUAAUGUAAAUUGAAAAUUAAAAAAUGUUCUUGUAUAAUUAGUGUUUUUUCUUUAGCCCUUCAUUAAACUUCUACAUUCCUUUCAAAUAACUGUAAAAAUUACUAGUACUAUUUUAUAUUUGUGAAAAUAAUUUAAGUUGUAGAAAAGUCAUUUUGAUUUUUUCCAACAGACAUUUCUAUAAACAUUCUUCUAUUUCUAUCUUUGGCACAUUUAAUGAAGGAGAAGUUUUAGUUGCUUGGAAUGCUUUGACACUUGAAAUAUACUUGACAACUUCCAGCCAACCUGCUCCUGCAGCAAGAUGUAAUGCUGUUUCACCAUUAGUAUCUCUUGCUUCUGUAUCUGCACCCAGUGUUUCAAUUAGAUACUGCACAACAUCAAGGCGUCCUUCUAAUGCAGCCAGAUGUAAUGCUGUAUAUCCUGAAUUGCAUUGUGCGUCCACUGAAGCUCCCAUGUCACCACCCAAGUACUGAACUAAAGCAAGAUGACCUAACUCGGCUGCCCAGUGCAGGGCCGUACGACCAUCUGGAUCUCUCCCAUCUAUGUUAGCACCAUGUUGCUCUACAAGAGAAUGAACUAUUUCUAAGCGAAAGCCUUUAGUUGCACCAUGCAAAGUGUUUUGUUCAUUCAAGUCGAUACCAAAGGUUUAUUAUGUGUACGGCUUUCAAAUAUCUGUAUAAAGAGCUUCUUUAAAAUCAGAGGUCUAAAACAGCCAACUCUAAACUACUUACAUCAAGAGCUUCUUGUAAAUCUUCACAACUUGUACUUCUUGAUUUGGUUUGUAUCUGAGAAGGGGAAGGAACCAUUUCAUUGUCAUAAGAUGCUUUGGAUGAGUACUUUCCAGAAAAUUCAUUAUCAUAAACGUUGUGCUUGAUGUGUGAUGUAUUGCUCAAUUUCUUUUGAAUAUUUUUACUAAGAAAAUGAUUCUUAAAUUGAACGGAUUUUGUUCUUUGACCAUCUUUUAAGUUUUCCAUAAUAUUUAAAUUUUUUGGAUUUUCCUUUUGGAGAUUGCAAAAUGUCAUUGAGGACUGAGGCACUGAAAUAUUAUCUUCUUUUUUGAAACUAUUAUUUUUUAUUUGUUCAAGAAGUUGUAUCUGUUCUUUAGAUAAUGUAAAAUCAUUAUUUCUAGAAAAUUCUGGGACUUCAAAACGCAAUGAACAGGAAUCUUCUUUCACAGAAUUUUUUUCCUUUGUUAAAUCAUGUACAGCUUGCAAAGGAAAACAACUAUUCUUAGUUUGUGGAGCAAUCUGUGUUGUUGUAAGGUAAGUUUUUUUUGACAGUUGUGGUGAUUGUUUUGUGGUAGAUUCUGGAAAUCUUCCCUUUUGCUGAAUAUUCUGAAGUGUAUUCAUACUCUUUCUUUCAAUUUGUGACUUCAUACAUUUCGCAGAAUUUGUGAAGUUGUCAUUCAAAUCAUCUCUCUCUUGUUUCUUUCUUCCCAAAGCCUUUAGAGGCAAGUGAUUGGAAACAUUUUCUAAAAUUUCAGAUGGUUGGGCACAAUGGCCAUAAUUUUCAAACAAUACAGGUGAAACUCUUUUUGAAAGAGCAGUAAUAUCAGAAUACAACAAAUUUCCUUUUUUGGUUUCUGAAUUUAGUAAUUCUGAGAUAAUUUUUUGUAAAUUCUGUUCUCUUACAUCAAACUCGUGUUCUUUGCACUGCACUAACAUUUUAUACUGCUGUUCCUUUUGUUCCAAAGUAGUCUUCAAUUCAUCAAAAAUUUUCUCUUUUUCAAGAAUAACUCUUAAAUGCUCUUCUUGUGCUUCUGCUUGCUCAUUAAGACUACGAGCUCUUGUCUGUAAUUGUUUUUGCCACUGCAGUAACUGUUGUUUGUGCAUUUCAAUAACUUCCUCUCUCUCCAGAAGGUCGGUUUUGUGUUUUUCCAAAUUUUGUUUGUGCUCUUGCAUUUUAAUUUCUUGCUGUUGCAAUUCAGUUUCCCAAACCUUUAACUCUUCCUCUUGAGCUUCUAUUCUCACCAUUGUUUCUCUCUCAAGAUUCUUAAAUUCCUCUUCUUUUUCUGCCAUAAUGUUUGCUGUAUCUUUCAAUAUUUCAUCUUGUUUCUCUAAUUCCCUCUGAAUUUCCAGUUGUUUCUCAUCUAGUUCUUGUUCAUGUAAUUUUAUAGAGCUUUCCUUUUUCUUCAACUCUAAGGCUCUUUCUUCCAGUGAAAGUUUAGUGCUCUCAAAUUCUUGUCUCAUAGUUUCAAUGUUGAUUUCAUUUUGCUUUUCAUUAUCUUGCAGUUCUCUCUUUCUCUCAUCUAAUUGUUUUUCUCUGAUUUCUACAUCUCUUUCUCUUAUAACAAGACUAUCUUGAUUCACUUUUAAAGUUUCUUCCAUUUCUUUCAACAUUUUUUGAAAUUCUUCAAUUUCAUUUUCUUUCUCUUUCAAAUGACGUUCCUUAGCCUGAAGUUCUUGAUCUUUUCUUCGUAAUGCAUCUUCUUUUUCAUGUAUCUCUCUUUCUCUGGUAUUUGCUAAAAUAUUUUCCUGUUGAGACUUUCUGUAAAAUUCAUUUUCCAGUUCUGUUUGUUUAUGUUUUGCUAUAUUUAAUUGUGCUUCUUGAUCUUUUAAACGAAUUUCAAAUUCAUGCAGGGCUUGCUCUCUUUCUGAAAAAGUUAUUUCACGCUCUUUCAUUGCUAAUGCUGUUUCCCUUCCUAACAGAGCUGCUUCCCUUGCUGCUAUUUCUUGUUGACGACCUCGUUCUUCAAGCCUUAUUGCUGCGGCUUCGCGAGCAGCCAGUUGCCUCUCACGCUCGUAUAAAUCCAACAAAGUAAGAUCUCUAGCAGGCAUUAGAUCUUUCAGUGUCCUGGCAUUCGUCAGAGGUAACUGAUUAUUGUGUAAACUUUCAUGAAAAACUGAAUCUGCUAUAUCAGCCCCAUAAUCCCAGGGCAUAUUCAAGUUCUCCAUUUUCAUUGUUUAUUGAAACUUUUCUCUACAUUAUUACAAAGGUCUUCAUCGAUGCUUUUAAGGGGGCAGAUACAUGCCGGCAAGCACCAAUUCCACAGCCCUUUUAGACAGGACGCUGGCAUUGCUUGUCGCCAUGACAACAGUAACGCCGAAGCGGCAUUGGUCAAUUAACAUAGC